UUUUUUUUCCCUUCUACACAGCACUAGUUAUUUCCGUUGUCAUUUCUAGACCGUUAUGAAGUCAGUUCAUUGUAUUUUCAAUCACGGUCGCUUUGAUGAUCAGUAUACCCUGGAAUUGGACGGUUUCAUUUCGCAGCAAGAAUACUUUGCCACCAUGAAUUCAUUCAAUAAUGUCGCUCGACGCCACCGACCACCACCGUCGCUGCAAUCCGGAGUGUCGACGGGUUUGAUUGUAUGCAUCGGCACCACCAUGAUUAGUGCUGUGAUUGUGGCGAUGCGAUAUCAACAACCGAUGCCACUGGUGAUGUCGCUUCCUUUGUUGCUUUUACUGUUGAGUGUAACCAUUGUAGCAUGGCGACGGAGGCAGAAAGCCAAGUUUGAAUGCGCUAUAUUGCAUUUGUGUUCUUGCAUGAAUGCUACAGAAAAUGUGCGUGGUAUUAACUAUCGACUUUCGAAAUUACCUCCUGAACAAUGUGUGUCUUUGCCGAUGUCUGUUCCUCAAACUUUAACAAGAUCCGGCUAUUCUUAUGCCAUCACCAUUGAAUUUGACGAUAGAUAUAAUUUAUUACACCAUUUUGCAAACAACAGCAACAACAACCAUCCGUUGAAAGGCUUCCAGCCAUCGAAUCACCUCCUUCCAUCGUACAGUCUCCCCUCCACCUCCCCACCUUCUUAUCCACAGUCACACGUUUACCCCCAAUGGCCAGCCCACGCGUAUCAACCCGAUGAAAAGAUCUAAAUCACCGCUUUUCACUCUCAUCUCUUAUUCCGCGCACUUUGCCCUCGUUAACACCUUUUCACAGUUAAACAUCGCUAUGCGUAAUACCAUACAGUCUGUGACUUUUUGACCGUAGAAAUACAGUGCCUUGCUUUAAUUAUUGCUCAAAAAUCACAUGUUCUCAGCUGCCUCAGUUUGUGCUGCGCCGAUCGAAGCAAAAGUGCCAUGGAUGCUUCUUUUGAUAAUCCGAAAACAACUUGCAUACAAAAUUUCUAUUGAAUGAUGG